CUAAACCCACAACAGUACAAUCAGUCUGUAUAUGCAGUAAAGCAUGCUUGUUAUACUCACUCUGGAACCUAAGGGGUUAAUCCUCUGCAUUGUGUUAAAAGGAUGUUUGAUCUGGACUUCUCUGAUCCUCCCCUUCUUCCAUAACAGAGCCUUGGAGACGCAUUGCACAUGGUCAGCUUGGUGUGUAUUGCUAGAUAGUUUUUUUCUUUUUCUUGGGAGGCUGCAUGUGAUCAGCACAGGGCCAACCAGCACUGUCCAGACAGAGGUCAGGGUUUCUGCAUCCUCCUAGAGCAG